AUGCGCUUCACCAUCUCCGCCGCUGCCUUCCUGGCCUUCGCCGCCAACGUCCUGGCCCAGAACCCCAACUUCGACCCCGUCAACAAGCCUACCCCCAACGAGAAGAUCAACGCCGGCACCACCUACACGAUCGAGUGGACUGCUCCCGAUGCCUUCAAGGACGUUACCGUCUCCAUCAGCCUGAUCGGUGGCGCUACCCAGGGCGGCCAGGUCCCUCUCCUCGACAUUGCCUCCGGCGUCCCCAACUCCGCUGGCAAGUACAGCUGGACCAUCCCCAGCACUCUUGGCAAGGACGCCUUCUACGGCCUGACCAUCAAGUCUGAGGCCAACCCCUCCGUCGACUUCCAGUACUCCAACCCGUUCCACAUCGUUGCUGGCGAAUCUAGCUCCGGCACCACCACCCUGACCUCCAGCUCCGGCACUGCUACCGUCACCCUGUCCGCCGCUUCGGUCUCGGCCACCUCCUCUGCUUCCGUUUCCGCUGCCGCCUCGUCCUCCGACGUCGUCAUCGUCAACAGCACCACCGCUCUGUCCACCACCGCUGCUCCUACCGCCGUCACCUCUGCCCCGGCUACUGUCAUCACCAGCGUCACCAAGCCUGCUGGCAACGGCACUGCCACCAAGUCCGGCUCCGGCUCCGGUUCCCCUUCCACCACCCUGGCCACCGUCACCGCCCCCGGUGCUGGUGCCCAGGCCACCGCCGGUGUCUUCGCCGUCCUCGGCGGUCUUGCCGUUGCCGCCCUUCUCUAA